UUUAAAGCCGCCGGUCAGACAGAGGGACAGAAAGACAGACCGACAGACGGACAGGACUUUAAAUACCUCGAGGCAGCAGCAGCGUCUCUAUCAGGACAUUUGACAGCUGAGAGGACGCGUUCAAGCACUUUCGGACAUUUCCUCUCUCUCUCUCAUUCUCUCUUUAUCUCUGAUGGAGCUGCAGCAAUUCCUGCACAGACUGCACCACCCGCCCGCCGCCCGCCGCCGGGACUGAAGCCGUCGCACGCGCUGCUUGUCCUGCUCGGUGUCCCUCCGUGAUUCCGUCCUCCGUGUCUGCGCGCGGGCCUCCGUCUCCUCCGUGACUCUAUCUGUUCCCAUGCGAUUCUUCAGACUCACAUUCAAGUGUUUCGUGGAUUGUUUUUGAAUCUUCGCCCUCCGAUCGCUGGUUAAAUUCUCUUUUCAUUUAUUUUUUUUUAAAUGUCCACUUUUUUUUGUUUUUUUUUGAUUUGUGAUGCGUUUUUUAAAUAAAGACAAGUCGAGUCGUGACGUCGCUCUCAUUUUGCAUUCGGAGAAAAGAAAUGUCUCCAGAUUAUUACUAAAACCUUUUUGAAUUUGUGACUUUUUAAAAAACAUUGAAUUCAUUUGUCAGAAUUGAAAAUAAUUUUAAAAAAAAUUGAAUAAAUAAAACGACAGAUUCUGGAUCAUAUGGUUCCUGCAGCUCGCGGAGAAUAAUAAUAAUAUUUAUAAUAAUUAUAAUAAUAAUCGUAUAUUAUUACUGAAGGAGGAGAAAGGAACAGCGCGAGGAUUACAGAUCUUUGAACGGGACGGAGCGAUCUGACUCGUCUGUUUCUGACUUGAGUCAGCUGCACAUUUAAAGGCAGGAGAGACUGGGAAUAGCUCUGCAACCAGUGCUGACUGAGAGGGUCAACUGGUGUCCGACAGAGAGGAAGAAUCACAUUAUAGGAAGAAGGGAAAUCAGCUUUUUAAAGGGUACAAAAUACAAAAAAACCCCUGCUAAAUUAAAGGGUUGAGAUUGAAAUUAAUUGCGCAAUUGUGCGGACUUGUGACUGACUGGAGAGUAACAUAUUUUGGAGGGGAAGAAAACAAAAACUAAGAAUUAAAAGGGGGAACCACAGAGUGAGACAGACUGACUUUUUUGGUUUCUAACUGGUUCCUGAUUGGCUCCUGAUUGGUUAAUUGGUUUGUGACUUUCGGAAAAGACCGCAAAAAAUAUUUUUGGGCGACAGAAACGAGAGAAAGAAAACAAAAACUAAGAAUCAAAGGGAAUCCCAGAGUGAGACAGACUCAAGAUUUGGUUCCCAACUGGUUUCUGACUGGUUUCUGACUGGUGUGACUGUACAAAAACUUCAGAAAUUAAAGGGAACACAGACUGAGACUGACUAAAGUUUUGAACCCUUCUGAUUGGUUCCUGACUGGUUGACUGGUUAACUAUAUCCUGACUGUUUCCUGACUGGUUUGUGGACUGGCAGAGAUGGAGAAGCACGGCCUGCCCUCCUCCUGUUCUCUGGUUCUCCUGGAGGAGACCAGGAAGACCCCGCUGCUCCUGUCCAACGGCAGCGGCGGCAACGGUUACUCCCCCGCGGCCGCUAACGGCAGCCUCGUCCCGCUGACGGCGGACGGUGCUUGCGAUGGACCGGAGAAGAAAGCGGUUGCCGUGGUGACGGGGCCUGGGCCGGGGUACCAGGAACGGGAGACGUGGACGAGGCAGAUGGACUUCAUGAUGUCCUGCGUGGGAUUCGCUGUCGGACUCGGAAACGUGUGGAGGUUCCCGUACCUGUGCUACAAGAACGGAGGAGGUGUCUUCCUGAUCCCCUACCUGCUGAUCGUGGUCGUUGGAGGAAUCCCGAUCUUCUUCCUGGAGAUCGCUCUGGGACAGUUCAUGAAGGCCGGCAGCAUCAACGUCUGGAACAUUGCUCCGCUUUUUAAAGGUCUGGGUUAUGCCUCCAUGGUGAUUGUGUUUUUCUGCAACACUUACUACAUCAUGGUGUUGGCCUGGGGCUUCUACUACCUAAUCAAGUCCUUUAACUCCCCCCUCCCGUGGUCCACCUGUGACAACGAAUGGAACACGCUCAACUGCAUCGAGAUCUUCCGUCACCAGGACUGCAACGGCAGCCUCCCUAACACUACCAUGAGCAACAACAUGACCUGUGCCGAGAUGGCUAACGCACGAUCACCAAUUAUCGAGUUCUGGGAGAACAAGGUGCUGAACAUCUCUUCUGGUCUGGAUGAAACUGGAGAGUUUAACUGGGAGCUCACGUUGUGUCUGAUGGCCGUCUGGGUUAUGGUUUACUUCUGCGUCUGGAAGGGAGUCAAAUCCACUGGGAAGAUUGUGUACUUCACGGCUACCUUCCCCUACGUGGUGCUCAUUAUCCUGCUGGUCAGAGGAGUCACACUUCCUGGAGCGUACGACGGCAUCAUGUUCUACAUCAAACCUGAUUGGUCCAAACUGGAGGAGGCUCAGGUGUGGAUCGACGCCGGCACCCAGAUCUUCUUCUCUUACGCCAUCGGGCUCGGAGCUCUGACCGCUCUGGGCAGCUACAACCGCUUCAACAACGACUGCUACAAAGACGCCUUCGUCCUGGCUAUGAUAAACAGCGGAACCAGUUUCUUUGCGGGUUUCGUUGUGUUUUCUAUUCUGGGCUUCAUGGCUGCUGAGCAGGGAGUGGACAUCUCGCAGGUCGCUGAGUCAGGUCCGGGUCUGGCCUUCAUUGCGUAUCCGAAGGCUGUCAGUCUGAUGCCGGUGGCUCCGCUGUGGGCGGCGCUCUUCUUCUUCAUGCUGCUGCUGCUCGGACUGGACAGCCAGUUUGUUGGGGUGGAGGGCUUUGUUACUGGAAUCCUGGACGUGUUUCCUGGAAAGCAGAACUUUCGCUACAGAAGGGAGAUCUCGGUGGCGAUCUGCUGCUUACUGUGCUUCAUUAUCGACCUCUCCAUGGUGACGCAGGGAGGGAUGUACGUCUUCCAAUUGUUUGACUACUACUCGGCCAGUGGAAUGACUCUGUUGUGGCAAGCAUUCUGGGAAUGCAUAGUAGUUGCCUGGGUCUACGGUGCUGACCGCUUCAUGGAUGAUGUAGCUCGUAUGAUUGGCUACCGGCCUUUCCCCUGGAUGAAGUGGUGCUGGUCCUUUAUAACUCCCUGUGUCUGCAUGGGCAUCUUCCUGUUCCACCUGGUGAACUACAAGCCGCUGACCUACAACAACGUGUACGUGUACCCGUGGUGGGGCGAGGUGAUUGGCUGGUGUCUGGCUCUGUCCUCCAUGCUCUGCAUCCCCGUCACCCUUCUCUACAAACUCUUCAGAGCCAAGGGAACCUUCAAAGAGCGCUGGGCUCACCUCACCUGUCCGGUGUGGGGGCCACAUCACCUGGAGUACAUGGCCCCCGACAUCAAGUCCCUGAGCUCGCUGUCGCCUGGCACAGACGACAACAAAGUCAUCAUCUUUGAGAGCGUCAUGUAGGCUGGACUCCACCAAUCACAAUGCUCCAUCUCCAUCCAUCCAUCCCACCUGCGACAAGAUGGCCGACACCUCACCACCACACUUCAGAUUUACCUCCAGGGUUUAAAAUUAGCACCAUUUACCAUUUGCCAAAUGCUAGUAAAAUAUGCAAGUGGCUGGUAGAUUUGCUUCACUCACCGGCCCCCAAAAAAACAAUGGUAAUCUACUGUGUGGCUUGGUGAAAUUUGAACAUUCACUAGCCGUUUGGCUCGUGGACAAAAAGUUAAUUUUGAUCCCUGUUUACCUCCGUACCGGACCUCAGAGUGAAGGAUCAGCCCCUCAGCUCAUCAAAACAUCACCAAAGCUACCGAAAUGUUUAAGAGAAUCAAACAGCUCCUUCAGGACGGUUUUUAUAUUUAAUAAUCCCAGCAGCAACAAAAGAAAAGCCUACUUUUUCACCCAGAAAAACCACAAAAAUGUGAGAUUAAAAGCCAGCAGAUCACUCGGUUCUUUAACUGGAAAGGGCUUCGACUCCUCUGGUUCUCAAUACUGAAAAAAAAAAAAAAUGUAAAUAUUAUUUUUCACAAAU